CCAGGCAAGUUCCACUCACCAAGGCAUAAGGUAAACCAUCUGGAAGACGUGUAUGGUCAAAGCAGCAGAGAAACUUCAGCGAGCUAUUCCUAAAAUCCAACUUUCAGCAUUUGUUUUGAAGCCGCUUGCACGUAAAUAAAUAAACUAAUAUCCUGCUGCAAAAAUGUCUGUCGCAGGCUUCAAGAAACAAUUUUAUAAAGCCAGCCAGAUGGUGAGUGAGAAGGUGGGGGGUGCAGAAGGAACCAAGCUGGAUGAAGACUUCAAAGAUUUGGAGAAGAGGGCAGAUGUUACCAGCAAAGCGGUGGUGGAUCUAAUCUCUAAAACCUCUGAGUACCUGCAGCCCAACCCAGCGUCCAGGGCCAAGCUGACCAUGCUGAACACAGUGUCUAAGAUCCGGGGCCAGGUGAAGAGCCCUGGCUACCCCCAGGCUGAGGGGCUGCUGGGGGAGAGCAUGGCCAAGUUCGGACGAGAGAUGGGAGAGGACACCAACUUUGGUGGGGCCCUGGUGGACGUGGGCGAGUCCAUGAAGAGGCUGGCCGAAGUCAAGGACUCUCUGGAUAUCGACGUCAAGCAAAACUUUAUCGACCCACUGCAGGCCGUCGUCGACAAGGACAUCAAAGAUAUCCAGCAUCAUCUGAAGAAGCUGGAGGGCAGGCGUCUGGACUACGACUAUAAGAAGAAGCGGCAGGGGAAGAUUCCAGACGAGGAGCUGAGAUCGGCCCUGGAGAAGUUCCACGAGUCCAAAGAGCUGGCUGAGAGCUCCAUGCACAACCUGCUGGAGACUGACGUGGAGCAGGUGAGUCAGAUGGCUUCUCUGGUGGAGUCCCAGCUGCAGUAUCACAAACAGGCCGUGCAGGUUCUGGAGGAGCUGACUGACAAACUCCGAGACCGGGUGAACGAGGCCCAGUCUCGCCCCAGGCGUGAGUACACUCCUAAACCCCAACCCUCCUUUGACUACGGAGAGCCGGAGCACUCAAACGGAGGAUACUCCCCCACUGCCAACUCCCCUUCCUACUCAUCAGGCUCUGAGCCGUGCGCUAAGGCAUUAUAUGACUUCGAGCCGGAGAACGAGGGUGAGCUGGGCUUCCACGAGGGCGACAUCAUCACGCUGACCAACCGCAUCGACGAAAACUGGUUCGAGGGCACACUCCACGGCCAAUCAGGAUUCUUCCCCAACAACUACGUAGAAGUGGUAGUGCCCCUGUAAUGCUCAGAGAGGAGAAGAGGGAGGGAGAGGGAGACGAGAGGGCAUCUCAAUUGUCUGAAGUGGGUCACUGGUCUAAAUAGAAGGAGAUCUCGGCAUGAGGAAAGUAGCUGAGGAGAGAGGUCACUUUAGAUUGAGAUUCACCCAAAUAUGGAUGCACAGAAAAAGUGAGGGAGACAGGAUAAGGAUGCUGAUGGAGGCAAAAGUUAGUACAACAUUGGGGUUGGGUGUAUCUUUGUUUUCAUUCUCUAUGCACCUGUGCACUUUCUACCCUUUACCUCCCUUACCGGGAGAUAUGAAGAAGGGGUUCCUAGAGGAGAUGUUUGUGUUAUUAUGCGUGACCUGUACCUAUGAACACUACCAGGCUAUGCUGUAAGCAGACCUAGGGGGGGGAAACGGCAGUAAAAUUGCCUUGAUAUUGUUGCCUUUAAUCACUCAUUUACUUUACGUUGUCCUCAUUUCUAGGCAGAAUUGUUUAAAUCUGUUUAAUUUUCAUGCACACACACCCUUUUCUUUUCUAUACAAACACAAGAUGUGGAGCGUUAGAGCUCCGUUUUGGCACUUAUAUGCUGCCCUCUGCUGGUCUGAGUGUUGUACCGUCAGCAGUAGGAUGGAGUUGCAAUAGAUACUGAUCCUGUUGCGUGUUUCCUCCCCUAAUGGUUUAUUUCAUGGUCCUUUUUUCAAACUCAUAAUCUGUCCCAUACUUGUAAAAUGUGAUUGUUCAGCUUGUAUGUGGAAUAACUAGCCUGAUUGCCAGCCUGUUUCUACUGAAGCCAACGUGGCUAUUGUCUUGGUAAGGCAACAAUAUGGGGUUGGGCACCUAGGCUAGUGAAUAACUAGUGAAUGGUCCUUGGUCCUUUUCUGUUGGCAUACACACAGCUCUGCUGGUCAGAGUUGUACUACGUCUCUGAACACUAUCUCUGUUUAGUACUGUUACUGCCUCUAGGCUGCCUUUCAUAGACUCCGUCUGCAAUACCUCUCUGCCUUCCUCUCCUCUGUAUCUCUGCCUUACACUAACUUUUACAUGGUCUAAUUAUCAAAAAGGGGACAUUUUGCAUUUCUCACCCAAUGUCCUUAGUUCUGAAUGUGUUUUUGUGUUCUGAAACAAAUUUGUAGUAAUCUGCACCCUGUGACAAUAACCCUAGUCUCUGUGCCUGAGGGCUGAAACCAAAGUUUAAAAAAUAUAUAUAUAUUAAAUUGCGUGGAGAUUGAUACCUCAGUGGCCUAUAAUUGACUUGCUACAGUUAGUCUAUGUACAGUCAGUAUGGUGUAUGUCUGUCAGUAUGCAUCGCUUGUUGACACGGCUGACAGUGUCUUGGAGAAUUAUCAGGUUUUCUAGAGUAUUUACGUGUCACCCCCAGUGUGUGUGUGUGUGGGAGAGAAAGAGUGGACAGAGUACUGGAUAUGACCAAACACUAGUGUUUUUCUGGGUGUUACAAACUGUUCCAGUUUCAGUUCCACCUUUAACCCAGAGCCUCAUAACUGUAAAGAUAUGAACUCUACACACAGACAAUAACUGGUUCUCCUUGUUAUCUCGUUGUUUCACUCAUUCAUGGCAUCCGUGGAACUGGAGCAUAAUCUUUUAUAUAGAAAUAGCACAGUUUAUCCCCUACCCCCACUCUCUGGCUCUCUGCCCCCAUUCCUAUGCCCCCUUGCCUCCCCUCUCUCACACCUGCCCCUGGUCCCUCCCUAUUGUCAUCCCUAACCCCCACCCCACUCAUCUCCUAAUCCUCCCCCUCGAGCCCUGCCUCUCUCCCAUCACUACAGAACUCUCCCUCUCUCUCCACUCCUUCCCUAGAACAUUUUGGUAUGUUCCUGUUAUUGUAAUGUUUACAUGUUUCUCUUGUCUAUUAUAUUUGUUGAGUUGACAUGGUUUUGGGUUUAGGGCCUCUGUCAGUGAGUAAUGUUUAGGUGCAGGUGCCAUGGUCCUUUAGCCUAAGUGAAAAUAACUAGGCAGGGGGAAGAGAGGAUUAUGUUGUGCCAAGUACCUCGUUAUACCUGUGUCGAUUUAAUAAUAUAACAAAGGGUUCAGUCCACAAAAACUGACAAAAGGUGGUCGUGUGUCGUUGUCAACUAUUCUAAUGCCACUGGUGAAUUAUAUGUGUAUGUUUUUCACACUACAUUCGGAGCUGGGGUAAGAUCUACCAACCCCCCCCUGCUGGAGUACCAUAUUAUUUAGAUAUUAUGAAAAUAAGUAUUGUCUUAACUUUAUUUUAAUAUACAGAAUCAUAUUGGAAGGUGUCCUGUGUAAAUUGCUAGUAGCCUGCAUGUGUCUAUAGGUAAUGCCUUGGCUUAACGAUUUAAUGCCUCAUUAUGAGGCUCUUUUUUUGUUGUUGUAACUGUGACACUAGGGAUCGAGGCUUGAACCAAUUCAGGGUGAUCUUUUUGUAUGGAUUCUCUCUAUAUUAUCUUUGUAUUGUCAUAAUCUCCUGCGUAUUGUAUAUUUUUGUUAUGAUGUAAAGGGGAAAGGAUGCUGUCCUUUCACUUGUUAAAUAAAUAUAAAGGAAAGUGAA